GUAUUAAAAAACAUAUAUUUAUGUACAAUUGUAUUAUUUUGAUUAAUAAUUUAUCAUCAAUGUGAUCUUACAGUGUUUCAAAUCCCAAAUUGAGUGUUUAUCUGUAUUAUACUUUACGAAAAUUUCGGUGCAUUUUAUCGUUUAAACACUGAAAUAAUCAUGUCUGUAAGUGAAAAGGUGUCUCUUUCGGAUGCCCUAAGCAACGUGGAUGUUCUGGACGAGCUAACUUUGCCAGAUGAACAGCCGUGCAUCGAAGCUGCACCAUGCUCCAUCCUAUACCAGGCUAACUUUGACACCAACUUUGAAGACAGGAACGGGUUUGUCACUGGCAUUGCAAAGUACAUUGAGGAGGCUACUGUUCAUGCCAACUUGAACGAGCUUCUGGAAGAAGGGAAUGCUCACGCGGUGAUGCUUUACACGUGGAGAUGCUGCAGUCGAGCGAUCCCUCAGCCCAGGUCCAACGAGCAACCGGACCGGGUUCACAUUUACGAGAGGACCGUCCAGGUGUUAGCACCCGAAGUGGACAAACUUCUGCAGUUUAUGUACUUCCAGCGUAAAGCGAUCGAACGCUUCUGCGGCGAAGUGCGGCGCCUCUGCCACGCGGAGAAGCGUCGCGACUUCGUGUCCGAAGCGUACCUUCUGACAUUGGGGAAGUUCGUCAACAUGUUCGCGGUCCUCGACGAACUGAAGAAUAUGAAGAGCUCCGUGAAAAAUGAUUAUUCUACGUACAGACGCGCUGCACAGUUCCUGAAGGUGAUGUCGGACAGCCAAAGCCUCCAAGAGUCGCAGAAUCUCUCCAUGUUCCUGGCGACCCAGAACAAGAUCCGGGAUACGGUUAAGGAUGCCCUCGAGAAGAUAAACGGUUACGAGGAGUUAUUGGCAGACGUUGUCAACAUCUGCGUUCACAUGUUCGAGACAAAGAUGUACCUGACCCCAUCAGAGAAACACAUGCUGGUCAAGGUGAUGGGAUUCGGACUCUUCUUGAUGGACUCCGAAAUUUGCAAUAUCAACAGACUAGACCAGAAGAAAAAGAUUCGUUUGGACAGAAUUGACAGGAUAUUCAAGAAUCUGGAAGUGGUACCGCUAUUCGGCGAUAUGCAAAUAGCUCCGUUCAACUAUAUCAAGAGGUCAAAACACUACGAUCCCAGCAAAUGGCCACUAUCCUCGAGUCCGAAUCCACUGUCUCCUCAAGCGGACCUGAUGGUCCACCUGCCGCAGAUCAGAGAGGAGCAUCAGAACUAUAUCUCUGAAUUGGCCAGAUACAGCAACGAAGUGACUACGACGUUCAAAGAAGCGGGUUCGGACGCGGAGAACAAGGCUGUCACUGAACUCUGCCUGCGGGGGUUACAGCUUCUGUCUUCCUGGUGCUCGGUGCUGACCGAACUUUGCUCCUGGAAGCUACUGCACCCCACAGACCACGCCACCAACCCCAGAUGCCCCCCUGACGCUGAGGAGUAUGAGAGGGCCACCCGCUACAACUACACCUCCGAGGAGAAGUUCGCCAUGAUCGAGGUUAUAGCCAUGAUCAAAGGCCUGCAGGUGUUGAUGGCGCGAAUGGAGACGGUGUUCGCGGACGCGGCGAGGCGCUCCAUCUACGCGGAGCUGCAGGACUUCGUUCAGCUGAUCCUACGGGAGCCGCUGAGGAAGGCCAUCAAGAAUAAGAAGGAUCUUAUACGCAGUAUCAUAGUGUCCGUGCGAGAGACCUGCGGCGACUGGGCGCGCGGAUGCGAACCUCAGCAGGACCCGGCGCUGCGAGGCAAGAAGGAUGCUGAAGCUAGUUUCACGAUUAAAGUGCCCAGAAGAAAUGUUGGGCCUUCGUCAACACAACUCUACAUGGUGCGGACUCAGCUGGAAGCUCUGAUCUCCGACAAAUCGGGUGGAAGGAGAACUCUCCGCAAAGAUUUAGAGGCGGCAGCUCUGCAGCAGAUAGAGUCAUUCCAUCGGCAGAGCUUCUUCUGGGCCUAUCUGUUGAACUUAGCGGAUUCGCUGGCGAAAUGCUGCGACCUGUCCCAACUGUGGUACAGAGAGUUCUAUUUAGAAAUGACGAUGGGCAGGAAAGUCAAUAAAUGCACGGUUCGCCAUCAGCACAACGAAGAAUGCAACGACCUGAUCACUAUGGAGAAGCGAAUCCAGUUCCCCAUAGAGAUGUCAAUGCCGUGGAUACUCACUGACCACAUCCUCAGGAGCAAAGAGCCAGCGAUGAUGGAAUACGUCCUCUACCCGCUGGAUUUGUACAACGACUCCGCACAGUACGCACUGACAGUCUUCCGGAAGCAGUUUCUCUACGACGAAGUUGAAGCAGAAGUCAACUUGUGCUUCGAUCAAUUCGUCUACAAGCUGUCCGAACUCGUGUACGCCCAUUACAAACAGCUCGCUGCGAGCAUGUUGCUGGAUAAACGCUACAGGGCGGAAUGUGCCGCCCGUGGCGCCAGUACGGGGUGCGGUGCGGGGCGGUACGCGUCACUACUUAGGCAAAGGCACGUGGCACUGCUCGGACGGCACGUCGACUUGUGUGCCCUGGUGGCUCAAAGAAUCAACGCGGAUAUGCAUCGCGCCUUGGACGCGGCCGUCGCGAAGUUCGAAGCUGGCGAUAUCACCGGAGUGGUGGAACUCGAAGGCCUCAUAGCAGUCAACCGCCUCUGUCACAAACUGCUCAGCCGGUACCUGUCAUUGGACGAAUUCGACGCCAUCUUGCGGGAGUCCGACCACGGAGUGCUGGCACCUUACGGGCGGAUCACGCUUCACGUUUUCUGGGAGCUCAACUAUGACUUCCUGCCGAACUAUUGCUAUAACGCAGCGACCGACCGGUUUGUGAAGUGUCGUCGGAUCCAAUUCGCCGCUCAGGUGCAACGUGAGAAGCCCCAGCAAUAUGGACACGCGAUGCUUUGGGGUUCGAAGCAACUCAGUCUUGCAUAUUCCGCCCAAUAUGCGCAAUACAAUGGUUUUGUUGGCCCACAACAUUUGCACGCUCUGGUCCGCCUCUUGGGGUACCAAGGAGUAGCAGUAGUCGUGUCCGAGCUACUCGGCGUGGCUCGCGGUCUACUCCACGGAACCCUGGCGCAGUUCACACGGGCCUUAGCUGCGGCGAUGCCGAGGCAUUGCAAGCUGCCGAGAUACGAUUACGGUUCCAAUGGGGUGCUGGGCUACUACCACGCGCAGUUGACGGACAUCGUGCAAUACCCGGAUGCUCGCACGGAACUGUUCCACGCAUUCCGCGAGCUCGGCAACAUAAUACUGUUCUGCAUGCUCAUUGAGCAGGCAUUGAGUCAAGAAGAGGUGACGGAUCUACUGCACGCGGCCCCCUUCCAAAACAUACUACCCCGACCGUAUACUGCGGAUGUGUCGGUUUCAGAGGGUGAAAAGCCAGAAACCAAACAGAAGCGCCUUGAGGCUAAGUAUUCUGCGCUUCAAAUUGUGCAAAACGUCGAAAAGUACGGUACUGCGAAGCAAAGCCAGCUGUCCCGCGAAGGUGACCUGCUAACGCGUGAGCGACUGUGUUGCGGUCUCUCUUUGUUCGCGGUGGUACUGCGCCGACUUCGCGCAUGCCUCACCGCGCCGCAAUGGCCUGCGCCACCCGCGCCUGCGCACCACGGCCCACUACAAACUGACGACACGCAAGAGUUCCACAGGCUGUGGUCAGCUCUUCAAUUUCUCUACUGUAUCCCGGUCGGAGAAACGCAGUUCACUGUAGAGGAACUGUUUGGCGAGGGUCUUCACUGGGCUGGGUGCACCAUCAUAGCGCUCCUGGGACAGCAGCGUCGCUUCGAAGCGCUGGACUUCUGCUACCACAUCCUGAGAGUGCAACGAGUUGACGGCAAAGACGAGCUGGUUAAAGGCAUUCCACUGAAGCGCAUGGUGGAUCGCAUCAGACGUUUCCAAGUUCUCAACUCGCAGAUCUUCAGCGUACUGUCCCGCCACCUAGCUUCGGAUGACGAGCGUGCCGGAGUAGAGCACGUACGCUGUUUCCCACCCCCCGCGGCCCACCAUCACAACUGAGCACGGGAGCAAGUUUUAAACAGUAAACAAAUAAUAAUGCACCGAAGAAAAUAAUGAAAUCACAGUGCAUUUGAGAUUAUUUCCAAUAUAAAAAAAAAUAAACCCAAAUGUUAAAUUUGUAGUUGUUCAUAUGUAACCAAAUUGUUUAAACUAUUUGCAUUUUAGAAGUUAAUACUUAUACCGACUUAUACUGCAGUAUCGUUUUGUUUGGUCACUUUAUUUUAAUAUUUCUUUUCUUACACAAUCCACCUUUAACAGAUUCUAAUUAAAUUUGAAAUUAGUUAUACAAUUUUUACUCUAACAUAUUCUUUUUGGUAACCAUUUUUACACUUAUUUUCUUAAGAUUUAUUUCUUAAUUUUUUUAUAAAUUAACUCUGUAAGACCAGAUUUCCUUUUGUAUCCUAAUUCCAAUCGAACGAUUUAUUAUUUUUAAUGAAUUUUAUAAAAAAAAAAAACAAUAUAAUUACGUUUUGUAAUACGUUAUUUCUAAGAUUAUAAUUUAA